ACCCCAUUGCACAUGCUGUGUUUCUUCAAACUUCAUCGGUCUUCCGUUGUUGUUUCGAAGUUUCGUCCUGGCCCGCUUGUUGGUGAUAGGGUGGUGAUAGGAUGAGGCCCAGACUCACUGAGAGCUAGCCGGCUGUAGCAUGAGACUGGCCUGCUAGAAGCAGCGCAAGCUCUGAACCGCAGAGGAUAAAAAUCUGAGGGUGGCAUGAGCAAAGCCAGUGGCGGAAAGUUUCGGUGCACGCAAUGUGCCUUGGAGGUUCCUUUUGAGCACUUUGGGCGGAGGCCACCGUUUGGCGAAGGAGUGGUUUUCCUUGAAGAUGCAUACACUCGACGGGACCCUUUCUCCAGCAAGGCGACGCCUCUUUUCUUAGGAGGGGUCUGCAAAAUUUGUUCCAAAACCGUGUGCCGUAUGCAGUCCUGUAGUAUCUUCUACUCUUCUCGAUUUUGUGUAGAGUGUGCAUCUCAAAACAUUGAAGCGUUCCCCGCUGAAGUUCAGAAGGAUGUCGUCAUUCCGGCUCCAUAAGCGACGACCCAGUCUAAAACCGUAGCCCAUUCUGGUAGGGCUUGAAGCAUUCAUGAAAGAGCACACGACCCAAUACUUGAUGAAACAUUUGUGUUCAGAUCGUCAACGCAACAGAGACGUCCAGGAAGAGCAGUUUUGUCGAAUGCAAAAGUCGGUCAGCCAGCACGUCCGGUUUGGAUCUCUCAACAGCAAUAUGUGCCAGCUGAAUUGGCUUCAUUCAUACAUUGCUUGCGCAUGAGUCAAGGGAUAGAAUGGACAUUGGAUUUUAUACUUGGGCACAGGCCGCGCUGGCUUGGCGGCGCCCCUUAUCGAGCCAUGAGUUGACCAUAUGAUCAUCUGAAUCUUUCAAGUUUAGCCGCG